UCAGUGUCACUCUGACCGGCGACGCGAGCGGACGCCGUGACCUCGCGCAUUUAAAACGCACGUGUUUUUUGUGAGUAAAUAAGCGUGGACAAUUUAUGUCAAUUGAACCGGACAACGUUGUGUGUGCUAGUUUGUGUCUGACACAUUGGAUUGCUCGGGCCUACAGCUCGAUUCGCUUCACAGUAAAUUUGGCACGCUAUGCUAUUGUUUAUUUUGACGACCCGUAUGAGACUAGAUUAGACAGUAUUAAAGUAAUUUAUUGAAGGAAUCAGUGAUUUCAAAGUGAGAGUGUACAUAUCAGUAUUAAUGAACUCAAGUGAUAUUUUAAGUUAAAAACUAGAAUUAAAUACAGGAUGUGUUUCCGAACAAGAGGAUUCUAUUUGUGAAGAUGUCAGUGAGGUGACGUUGGACCGAGGCCGUUGGGCUGUUGUGAUAGUUAGAAAGAAACAUUCCCCUGUUAAAAAUUCUGUCCCAGGGCCCGGCGGAGAAUUGCAAGGAUAUUUGCAAAAUGACCAAGGGCCCUCGGAAAGUGAAGCUAGUCAUUGUAGUCAACAAUAAGAAAGAUCCGCCCACAUUCAAGACCCUGACACCGACGUCGCGUACGCAGCUCAAGCAACAGUUGAUGCGAGAACAUGCGCAGGAGCAAUUACGCAGAGAAUCAUUACAAGCACAGCAAGCAGGUCAGUCCAAAGACAAUGAAGAUAAAAAGAAGUCAAGUCCGACGGACGUCCCGCGGAUCACGCCACACGUGGAAUUACCGCCACAAGUGCUGCAGGUGCGAACAGUUCUGGAGAAUCCCACCAGGUAUCACGUGAUCCAGAAACAGAAGAGCCAGGUGCGUCAGUACCUCAGCGAGUCGUUCACACCACAGCCACAGGUGGCAGGCGCAGUCCGAGGCGCACCUGUGCAAAGCGCGCCAGAACUUGGCACGCGAGCACCUUCCCCUGACAGAGCCUCCUCAUCCAGUCUCUUGAGUCCUGGAAUUUGUUCUGCGGGUGCUAAUUCAGAAGCAGACGAGUUCCUAGAAGACAUCUUAUCCCUGGACAGUGGAGCUGGACCUCUAUCCUCAUCAGAGCCAGCGUCUACAGCCAGCUCCGUGGCGGGAGACUGUGCACUCCUAUCCGAUGCGGACAUGCACGCAUUAGCGAAGGACAGACAAAAAAAAGACAAUCAUAAUAUGAUCGAACGCCGUAGACGUUUUAACAUAAACGACAGAAUAAAAGAACUCGGUACCCUGUUACCGAAAACCAACGACCCCUUCUACGAAGUCAUAAGAGACGUCAGACCCAACAAGGGGACGAUCCUCAAGAGCAGCGUGGACUACAUCAAGUGUUUGAGAGACGAAGUGAACCGGCUCAAGCAAAGCGAACAGAGGCGGAAGCAAAUCGAACUGCACAACAGGAAACUAAUGUUAAGGAUACAGGAGCUGGAGCGGCUGGCGCGCCUGCACGGGCUGCCGCUGAGCGAGGGCUGGUCGCCGCAGCACGACGACGACGCGGCCGCGCCCGCCGCGCCGCCCGCGCCCCCCGCGCCGCCGCCCGAGGUGGUCCUCCCUAAAACAGAGCCGUCGCCGAUGAUGGAGCUCAGCGAACCUCCCCCCGAUCUCCUGCGGGAUACGCCCUCCGGGGAGGCGCUCUCCGCCUUAGACGCACUGGAUGGUCUCAAACUCGGUUCCUGUUCGCCCCUCAGUCGUGAAGAAGGCCUCUCACUUAGUUGUCUUGAACCGGACCUGUGCCUCGAACCCGUUACCGAUCAUCUGUUUAACCACAAGGACGUUAAGAUGCGAUUGUCUCCGACGCCUGGGCUGCUGGGCGGUGACGAGAACGACGCAGUCCUCAACCUGGCGCAGAUAGAGGACCUCAUGGACGACGACUCGCACAACCCCGUCACACAAGGCGACCCCAUGCUGUGCUCGUCCCCCACGGCGCUGGGGCUGGGCGCCGCGCUGCUGCACGUCGACCUCUCGCACGGCUCAUCACUCCUAUCCGAGAACGGGAUGUCCCUGGGCCUGGGCGGCCUGGGCCUGGGCCUGGGGGAGAGCCUGCCGCUGCUGCUGGGCGCCACGCACGCGCCGCACUCCCCGCACGCGCACCCGCGGCCCUGCUUCGACAUGGACCUCGGCGCCUAGCGGCCGCCGGCGGGCGCUGCGAGCUCAGGCGGUCAUGUGAUAUUAAUGCGUAUUGUGAUCGAUUUUACUGGAUUUUUUAUUUCCAUCGAAUGUUGAAUACAAUCAUUGUUAUCUUCUGAACCAAAUAGUGCAGGUUUUGUUGUAUAUAUUUUACUGUAUGAUAUAUUAUACAUUUAUCGAAGGGGGGUUAGGGCCUCAGGGAAUUCGAAAGUGAAAAUCAAAAUCAUUUACAUUGGUACAAAAAUAUUUAAAAAAAUUGUAUUGCUGUUUAUAAUUAUGUUAAUUAUUGAAAAACAGAUUUUAAUCAUCCAUUAUAUUGAUACUAACGGUUAUUUGCUAAUAGAAUACAUUCAACGGUAAUCUAAAAACAAAAUUCAGUAUCGAAACUUUUCAAACCUACUUUAAAAUCUUUAAUGUUAAAAUAAUUAAUAAAAAGCUUAUGGGCUCAAAUGGACUUCAAAGCUCUUCAGCAUACCACUAAAAUAAUAAUAUAAUAUUUUGUAAUUCCUGAGGCGCUAUAUAACUUAAACCCACUUCUGUUAUAUGUACGUUGUUGCGUCUUUUCUAAAUCGGAUACUAUAUAAAAACAUAUUGUAAAUUUUAUAAUUAUACAAUAAAUAUAUUUAUACAAUACGUAUACAAUUAUACAACUAAGAACCAGCGGUCAAGUGAUAUUUGACAAUAAUUUUGCUAUAAAACUGUAAAGUUUGACAUAUCUAAAUAUAUAAAUACGAAAUAUAAUAUAUGUAUAAGCCAAGGAAAUGCCAAAGAUAUAAGAUAUAACGGUGCCAUUAUUAUACUGAAGGCAAAAAAAAUAAUUCUUUCGCAUUUCUUGAAUCUAACUUGACACUUGAUGUUAUUUUGUUUAUAAAACCAGUAUUUGAGUAAGAUUUAACAGGUAUAGUCAAUGUGACACACCAACAUGCUUAUUUGGACCGGUUUGAAUGAAUGUCGUUGAAUUUAAUGACUGUCUGUAAACAGUGUCAAAAUUGUUCAAACAAACAAUAUCAUACAUUAAAGCGUUACCUUAUUUAUAUAUAUUGUUUAGCCAGUGUUGAGUUGGACACCUAUUUAUCUCUUUCUAGCAUAAUCGGUUUGUCAUUCGAAAGAGCAACACAGCACAGAUUAACUCAUCGCCUCUUUAAAGUUUAUUAUGCUGUUUAAUAUGUCUCUAUUCUCAAGAGUGCUCUCUGCAGCGUCUAAUGCAAUAACCGUGCUAGGAACGCAUCAGUAAAUAAAUAUUCUUCGUAUCAAGAAGUAUGAGUCUAGGGCAUUGUGCGAGCUAGUCUGGCUAUAUCCCCCAUCACAUAUUCUACCCCCAAACAACAAUACUUAGUAUAAUUGUGUUCCGGCUUAAAGACCCCUUCUAACUACAGGCACAGAGGACAUCUCAAGCUAUGCUGGGGCUCUUGGGCACCCAUGUAUUUUGCUAGUUAUUUUUUUGGUUUAAUUUGGUAAAUUGUUAGUUCUUCGGGCCCUUUUAGGAUGGGGGCCCUGGGCACGUGCCCAAUGUGCCCUAUGGUUAAGACGGUAUUGGGGACAUAACAUUUUGUCUCCCAAGUUUCAAGGAAUGUUUAAUAUUACAUAAAGCGCUAAUGUCUCCGGGUUGUGGUGACCACUUACCAUCAGGUGGCCCAUGUGCCCACAUACCUAAGCGAUAAAAAACAGUUCACAAUGACAUGCCAAUGAUACGCGGAAAAUAAAAUAAUUUAAACGACCUGGAUGCAUUGUAAGGGGCAUAGGGGUCCACGCUUGUUUCCACACUUGAUGCGUUCAUAGCACGUUCAUGGUAUGAAUCAGUUUACAAGACUCAUUUAAAGAGAAAAUGCAAAUACUACUAACGCCAUCUAUUGACACGAAAAUGAAUUACAAUUAUGACAGUAAAAACACGCAGUUCAAGAUGGCGUCGUUAGUUCUACUUCCGGUCGCCGCUCCAGAUGAGUUUGUGGCGCUGUAUUUCUUGUGUUGUCUUCAAUUUGGUUUUUCCUAAUAAAAGAUACGGUCCAUCUUACGUUUUUUGUAGUUUUAGAAAUAAAAAAAUGUUUAUAGUGUGAAUAUUGAACAUCGAAGUUAAAUAUUUUCUUUGCUCCGACUAGGAAUUAUAUUUUUGUGAGGAAAUUUGAUUUUCUUAAUUAAAAAAAAA